UCAUUUCCUCUCGCCCGUCUCAAGCAGUGGAAGGGUACCGGAAUCCUGGCUGGCGCACCCCUUUUGGCCUAGAGCUUCUCCGGUGUGGGUCGACGCCGAGUCUUCGGUCAGCAGUACCCUGCUGACUGCAGGCCACAGAGAGCGUAAUUGCGACCGCGGCCUGAGGGGGAGGGACCACGCACAGGCAGGGGCGUGACCUGUCACGUGACUAGGAAGUACCGUUAGCGGCGUGUCCCCGCGUCCCCCGACGCUCGGAAUGACGUACGCCGAGGAGGGGUGGAGCGGUAGGGAAAGCUGAAGUUGAGUGCCGUUCUCCGUGCGUGGUUUUAGUAAGGAAUCCUGUGCCUAUCACCCAGCAUAGUUUCAACUUUCUGGCUAAAUGACUCUUGUGCCUGUGAUACCGGAUUCCUACAGCCAUGUUCUUGCAGAGUUUGAGUCUCUGGAUCCAUUACUUUCAGCCCUGAGACUGGACUCCAGUCGUCUAAAGUGCACAAGCAUAGCUGUAUCUCGGAAAUGGUUGGCUUUGGGCAGCUCAGGAGGAGGACUCAAUCUCAUUCAGAAAGAAGGCUGGAAGCACAGGUUUUUCCUUCAACACAGGGAAGGUGCAAUUUCUCAGGUUGCCUGUUGUUUACAUGAUGAUGAUUAUGUUGCUGUAGCUACUAGUCAAGGUCUUGUAGUUGUUUGGGAAUUAAAUCAAGAGCGUCGUGGGAAACCAGAACGAAUUUAUGUGUCUUCAGAACACAAAGGCCGAAAAAUUACAGCCCUUUGUUGGGAUACAGCUAUUCUUCGAGUUUUUGUAGGUGAUCAUACAGGGAAAAUUACUGCCAUCAAAAUCAACACUUCUAAACAAGCAAAGGCGGCUGCUGCUUUUGUGAUGUUUCCUGUUCAGACAAUAACUACAGUUGACUCCUGUGUUGUCCAGUUAGAUUAUUUGGAUGGAAGACUACUUGUAUCUUCACUUACUCGAUCCUUCUUGUGUGACACUGAGAGAGAAAAGUUUUGGAAAAUUGGAAACAAGGAAAGAGAUGGAGAAUAUGGAGCUUGUUUCUUCCCUGGAAAGUGUUCUGUGAACCAGCAACCUCUAAUAUAUUGUGCUCGUCCUGGCUCCAGGAUGUGGGAAGUAAACUUUGAUGGGGAAGUUAUAAGUACACAUCAGUUUAAGAAACUCCUCUCAUCUCCACCUCUUCCUGUGAUUACUCUAAGGUCAGAACCUCAGUAUGACCAUACGGUUGGCUCUUCCCAGUCUUUGUCUUUUCCCAAACUCUUGCAUCUUAGUGAGCAUUGUGUGCUGACAUGGACAGAAAGAGGAAUUUAUAUUUUCAUUCCUCAGAAUGUUCAAGUUCUUCUUUGGAGUGAAGUCAAAGACAUUCAGGAUGUAGCCGUCUGCAAGAAUGAGUUGAUCUGUUUACACAUAAGUGGAAAAGUCUCACAUCUUUCCUUGUUAUCUGUGGAACGCUGUGUGGAACGCCUACUAAGGAGAGGCCUAUGGAACCUGGCUGCUCGUACUUGUUGUCUUUUCCAAAAUUCCAUCAUUGCUUGCAGAGGAAGAAAAUCCUUGACUCUAGAUAAACUGGAACACUUGAAAUCUCAGCUGGAUCUCACAACCUGCAGUGAUCUUAUUUCUCAACUGGAAGAUUUGAUCUUAAAAUUUGAACCUUUUGAUUCAGCUUGCAGUAGUAGAAGGAGCUCCAUUUCAUCACAUGAAAGUUUCAGCAUCUUGGACUCUGGUAUUUAUCGGGUCAUUAGUAGUAGAAGGGGCAGUCAGUCUGAUGAGGACUCUUGUUCGCUUCAUAGCCAAACCUUUUCAGAAGACGAGAGACUGAAAGAAUUCACUUCUCAUCAAGAAGAGGACCAACCAGAUCAGUGUUGUGGCUCACAUGGAAAUGAAGGGAUGUUUGAAACAGAUAAGAAUGAAACUUUUCUCCCCUUCGGCAUUCCAUUACCAUUUCGUUCUCCAUCUCCUCUCGUGUCUCUUCAAGCUGUCAAGGAAAGUGUUUCCAGCUUUGUGCGUAAAACUACUGAGAAGAUCGGCACUCUUCAUACAAACCCUGAUUUGAAAGUAAGACCAGAAUUUAUGGGUGAUGAGCUAUCAUGUGAAGAGGAUGUGAAUGCAGUCACCUGUCCAAAGGAGGACGAGACUGAGGGACAAAAAGAAGAAACUAGUCAACCUCCAGAAGAUGAUGACCUCCAGGAGCUCAAAAUAGCAACAGAAGAAGCAAUGACUAAACUACAGGAUCCAUUGAUUUUAUUUGAACCCAAGUCUCUGAGAAUGGCUUUGCAAGAGUGGCUUUCACAGUUAGAAAAAUCUUUUGCCACAAAGGACUUUUUAGGCAUUUCAGAUACUGGCAACUCAUCCACAAAAUCAAGCCAGGAUGUUCCCUUGCUUGAUGAAUCAAAAAAGGGAAUGUUAGAUGAAGAGAAUGAAGAAGAAAAAAGGGACUUUUCAGGCAAUGAAGACACUGUUGAUCAAACAGCAUGUGAAUCUGUAAAUAGUGAGAGCGAGCCCUUAGAUGACUUUUUUCAAGUAUAUUCUCCUUGUACCAUAGCAAACCGUCUUCAGAAGGAGCUGGCGGAAUUGACAACAUUAUGUUUGGAACUGAAUGUAUUGAAUUCUGAGAUUGAAAGCACAAAUGAACAUGUGGCCCACACUUUACAGCAACGUUCUCCUGAAAUUCUGACUUGUCAGUUCCUAAAAAAGUACUUUUUUCUCCUGGACUUGAAAAGAACAAAGGAGAGUAUCAAGUUUAGUUAUACUAAUAGUCCUUUGGUUUGGGACACUUUUAUUGAAGGAUUGAAAGAAAUGGCACGUUCUAAUCCUACAUAUAUGGAAAUGGAAAUGGAAGAAGGAGACCUACCAACAACAUUAAAGUUAUUGGAUGACUCGGUUCCUUUUGAUAGCCCUUUGUUGAUAGCUUAUGCUACCCGAUUGUAUGAGAAGUUUGGGGAAUCUGCCCUUCGAUCCUUAAUCAGGUUUUACCCAUCCAUUUUGCCUUCGGAUGUCAUGCAACUUUGUCAUCAUCAUCCUGCUCAGUUUUUGGCCUACUUAGACAGUCUGGUGAAAUCAAGGCCUGAAGAUCAAUGGCCAUCCUUUCUUGAGUCUCUUCUACAACCAGAGUCUUUAAGAUUGAACUGGCUGCUUUUGGCACUGUCCCAUGAUGCUCCCCCCAGCAUGAGCACUAUGGAUGAUGAAGGAAACCCUAGACCUCAUUCACACUUGUUUUCCUGGGGUUAUAGUCAGCUGAUCCUUCAUCUCAUUAAACUUCCUGCAGAUUUUACAACCAAAGAGAAAAUGAUUGACGCUUGUAGGUCUCAUGGUUUCUGGCCUGGAUAUCUUACACUCUGUUUGGAGCUGGGAAGAAGAAGAGAGUCCUUCACAAACAUUGUAUAUUUGAAUGAUAUGAGCCUGAUGGAAGGGAGCAAUGGUUGGACCCCAGAGACUGUAGAGGAAUGGAAGCUUCUUCUACAUCUUGUUCAGAACAAGAACACAAAACCAGUGCCCCCAAAGUCGCCAAAUGGGAACUUCAGUGAUGGGCCUUCACCUAUCAAUGUGGAGAACGUGGCACUUCUGUUAGCUAAGGCAAUGGGCCCAGAUCGAGCCUGGUCAUUGCUACAGGAGUGUGGUUUGACCCAUGAGGUAUCAGAGAGGUUUACCAGAACCUGCAAUAUCCUGAGGAUUGCCGAGAAAAGGCAGAGAGCCUUGAUACAAAGCAUGCUUGAAAAAUGUGAUCGGUUUCUCUGGUCUCAGCAGGCUUAGUGGAAGAAGAUUCAGCGGGAUGUCAUAACAUUUUGAGAAAAACUGAAUCAUUCUCCUAAUCUGAAUGCAUUUGCUUUUGAAGGAAAAGCACCACCUGAAAACCCUGCCAUCUUACUGGGCAUGCUUCUGUCAGCAAUUAUAGGUCACAACUUUGUCUUUGACCCCAGUGUUUCUCAGGCAAAGUUGAAUUUUGAAGGAAUCAUCCUUGUUUGCGGAAAUGAAGUGCUCUGGAAUCCCAAUAUGAAUUUUCACAGCUGUGCUGUCCUUAUUCUGAACCCCACAGUAUUAUUUGCUCCUUCCUCUGGUUUCCUUUUGUGACUUCUGUAUAGGAAUAAAAGUUUCUUAUUCUGGUGACAUGAAGAAAGAAAAUGUAGUUGAUAGGGAUUGAAUUCUGUUUAUUUCUUCUCUGGAAAAGCAGAGAAAUUACUGAAAAAAGACAGUAUAAUGGAAUUAAUACAUAAAAUAACUGAAAAUUGAAGAUUCAAAUUAGAUAUUAAAUGAAAUGUCCCCCCAUAUUUAAAUUGAGCUAAUUUAAAAUAUUUUUCUGGCAUUUGACAUUUUCCAAUCUGAACAUAUAUCCAGCUAAUUCAUUACUGAAAAUGUUUUAUCUGUAAUCUUUCCCAGUCACCCAAAGGAAUUAUGCACUUUUAAAAUGUAUUUUUUAAAAACUGUAAUAAAGUCUGAGUACUACUAGAGACUGUAUAGGGGGUGUUUGUAUUAUGUAAUCUUUGUACUGAAUUUAUCACAUAUAUCACAUUACAUUUAUGUAGCCUGUUAGAUUAAUGAUAACUGUAAAAUCUGAUCAGUGUUUUCAUUUGAAUAUAUAUAGACAUGUGGUUUAUUAUAAGCACUUUGCAGGAAAGGAUGGGGUAAACUUAGAGUGGUUAAGAACAUGGUUUGGCCCGCAGGGAUUACAAUUGAGAUGGGGAAAAAAAAUGUACAAAAUGACGUAAAAAUAAAC